UUACUUGUUAUCUUUUUGGUCAAGGAUUUAUUACGUAAAUUAAUUAUUAUUUUAUAUAAUAUCUUAAUUUUAUGAUAAAUUAUUUUUGAAUACGUACAGUUCGUAAUUGCUGACAUAUCGAUUAGUUACAUUUAUUUUAAUUAAAUACAGUAUUAUUAUUAUUAUAUAUACAUAUAUAUAGUAAUUUGGGUGUUAUUGGUUUUAGUAAUUUCGAGGAUUAAAAUAAUAAAUAAUGGCUAAAGAACAAGCCGGACAACAGUUCAAAUUGCUACCGAAAAUAAUAAAUGGAGGAAUUGCUGGUAUUAUUGGAGUGUCUGUUGUAUUUCCACUGGAUUUGGUUAAAACGAGAUUGCAAAAUCAAGUUAUUGGCCCUGAUGGACAAAAAAUGUAUUCUUCUAUGCUGGAUUGCUUCAAAAAAACAUAUCAUGCUGAAGGAUACUUCGGAAUGUACAAAGGAUCAGGAGUUAAUAUCCUUCUUAUAACUCCUGAGAAAGCUAUCAAGUUGACUGCUAAUGAUAUGUUCAGACACUACUUGUCAACAGGACCUGGAGAGCCGUUGCCAUUAGUACGUGAAAUGAUUGCUGGUGGAUCUGCUGGUGCUUGUCAAAUAAUAAUAACAACUCCAAUGGAAUUAUUGAAAAUUCAAAUGCAAGAUGCUGGCAGAGUUGCUGCUGCUGCAAAAAGCGAAGGAAAAACAGUACCAAAAGUAUCAGCUCUGUCAUUAACACAAGCUUUAUUAAAAAAAAAAGGUAUUCUAGGACUCUAUCAAGGAACAGGUGCUACCGCUUUGAGAGAUGUUACAUUUUCAGUUAUUUACUUUCCACUUUUCGCUCGAUUAAAUAGUCUUGGACCUAAGCGUGAAGAUGGAUCAUCCGUAUUCUGGUGCUCAUUCUUGUCUGGCUGCGCUGCUGGUUCAACAGCAGCAUUAUUAGUUAAUCCAUUCGAUGUUAUAAAAACUCGAUUGCAAGCUAUCAAUAAAGCUCCUGGUGAACCGACUUACAAUGGAGUUUUAGAUUGCAUAGGAAAAACUUUAAAGAAUGAGGGUCCAACAGCAUUCUUCAAAGGCGGUGCUUGUAGGAUGAUUGUAAUAGCCCCACUGUUUGGUAUCGCACAAACAGUUUAUUACCUCGGUGUUGCGGAACGUCUUCUUGGUCUAAACUAGACAAUAAUUAUCAAUAUAAAUACUGCCAUACUUUAAUGUAUUCUGCCCGUUACUCAGUGAUUGACAAUAAUAGAUAUUAAAAUGUUCUUCAAGAGGACUAGCUAAGACAAUAUAGUUAUAUUAGCCAAAUUUUAAUUAAUUAUUAUUGUGAUAACAUUUGUUAUCUUAAAUGUAUAUUUUUUUGCCGCUUGAUAUUUUUUUAUACGGUCAUUGGUAUAUUUUAUAUUUUUUAGAGAUUUUUUAACUAGUCAAUUCUUAUUUUUUUUUUUUUUAAUUAUUAUCAUAUUGUACUUUUUUUUUUAUAUUAAUUCAUGAUAUUAAAAAAUUAUUUUGCUAGCAAAUUUUUAAUCUACAGAAUUUUAAAUUGGGUUUUAGUAGCGCACACAAUGUAAUAUAUAUUUAUGUAAUGUAAAUUCUUGAAGCUUUAUUUUAAUAUUGAUCCAAUUAAAGUAUUGAGAGUUUAAUAAAUACUACUGUUAAGUACGCAUAUCUUCCGUCAAUAAAAAUAAUAGUAUUGCUUAUUAUUGCUGUUACAAUGUAUUUUAAAUAAAAAUAUGUCAAUUGUAUUAAUAAUAUAUAAAUAUAUAUAUAUAUAACAGUUCCAACGAUAUUUAAUGACUGUCGCCAAUAAAUAAAAUUACAAUAAUAUUUUAUUGAUGUUAUACUCUACCAUCGAAUUGUAAUUGUGAUUAUACAAGAUAAUAAAAGUACAGAACAAACAG